CCCGUUCCGCCAUAGCCAAGGUUUGCUACAUGAACAGGAUCCAUCCAGCAUUGCUCUAUCUCACCAUUUAUAACCCGACUUUACGUCCCAAUGAAGAGGUGUCCAAAGACGACGAGGAUGCAGAAGAGCAAGCACAAAUCCUGUUCUACACUUCGCAGGAACGCGCUGCUUCGCGCGACAAGAUGCUCAGGCAGGUCGGACUCGCCGAGGCGCUCGUCCAUUUCUCUGAGAUAUCCCAUCCGACCAACUCUUACCACAAUGUACAUUCUCAGUCGAGAAGGAUGAUAAUGCUCAACCCCAAUGUGACUUCUGGAUUCACGCAGUACGCCGAC